AUAACAGCCGUCACAUUGCAGCCCUGAGAGCAGAUAUAAAAAAAACGUGCGCACAUUUCGUUUUCGUUGACUUCUUUUGUUUUUAUUGAAAAACUAAGUGAAAACAUGGCCAGCAAAGCUAAGAAGGAGGUGCUGUGCGACCAUUGCCACGAGAGCUACGAGGCCAAAAUGGUUUACACCGCCCAAAAGAUGUUUGUGGGCACAAAAGUCGUGGACUUGCUGGAGGCCAUCACCCACAAGAGCAUCCCAGCCAACGCGAACGUCAAGAUAUGCUUCAUCUGUGCGUCGGGCUUCAUGUCCACCAGCGCCCUGAUCGACAAGGUCCGCGAGACGGUGGACAGGAUUCUGGCGGGGCCCGCCAAGAAGGGCAAGGUCAGCAAGGCGGCGGCGCAGGAGGCACAGGAUCAAGCGUCCGCUGAUGAGCCGGCGCCGGACAUUGUGGACCUCACCGCAGAGGUGGAGAAGAAGCCGGCCAAGCCGCAGCCCAAGAAGAACACCACCAUUCGCCAGCGCAGCAAGUCGGUUGCCUUUCCCGCCAGCUCAAUGGUUUCAGAGUUCGCUGGAGUAGCAAACAUUAAGGCCUCGCCCGCCAAAAAGCAGGUGUCCCGCUUGCUCGCGGACAAUCUCGACGAUUCCGUGCAACUGACGCCAGCCAAAGAUGUGUCGUCCUCCAAAAAGGCUUUCCUAAAUCUCUUCGGCAACGGCGAUGAUGCCAUGGAAAAGGAAUUUGAGACCGAGAGCGAGGAGGAAGGCGAAGGACGCUAUCUCACGAUUAACACCAACAACUUCAAGUGCACGGUGUGCGAGUUCCACACUAGGUUCCCCAACCACAUAAAGGAACACAUGCAGAAGGAGCAUGGCCAACAGCGUACACGCAUUUACAGUUGCCCACUUUGCAACAAGAACUUCGGAGUUCUAAAGACAAUCAAAGAUCAUGUGCGCGACGUCCACUCGCGCAUUUUACUAAGUGAGUCCGAGGCCAAGACCAAGGCGAAGGAAAUAAAGGAAAACCCGAAGGGGUCGGAGGCUGAGCCAAAGCCAAAGGAGCAGAAGGUGCCAAAGGUGCCUGAGACGCAAAAACAAAAGCCAAAGGAAGUGAAAUCGAAAGCAAAAAAGACAGAAGUGUCAACCGAGAGCAAGUCUAAGAAGAAAACAACAGAAGUGGAGUCGGAACCAGUAGUAAGCGAGAAAUCAGAAGAGAACCAGAAGGUCAAGAUCGCCCUCUUAAAUUCCAAGGACUCGUCAUUUGAGUCAGAAGUCAAACCAGUGCUCACCCAAGAGAAAGCCCUUGAGACCCCGGGGCCCAAAGUAGCCUCCUUCAAAGCCCUAAACGAAUCCCUAAUGAGGAAAAGGAUGCUGGAGAACCUGCAGGACUCCGAGUACACAUUUGCCAUCAACGGAUCCAGCGCCUCCACUCCCAGGGCCGAGACCACCAACUUCCAGUGCGACAUAUGCGACUGCGAGCUGGCGACCGCCAAGCAGAUGCAGGACCACAUGAAGACUGCUCACGCCAUUGAAAAGCCGAAGGUGUUCAAGUGCCACGUCUGCGAGAAGAGUCUGACCACCAAGCAGUCGCUUAAAACGCACCAGGCUCUGCAUAAUAACACUAGUGCCGAGGCGGGCAAGUCCAGCAAGCGCAAGAUACUGCAAGAAGAGGAUGAGGUUGUUGAUAUUGAGGGUAGUUUUCAGGAGAACAACACUGUCGAGGAUGACGAGGGGCCUCGGGAGGAGAAGAUUGUUAGGGAAGAGUCCAGUAAGGAUACCUCCUUGAAUGUCGCCCAGCCUAAGGUGGAUGGGCUCAUGUCUGCUCCUCUGACGCCCGUGAAGAAGGCAAAAAAAGUCAAGACAAGCAUCCAAGGCAUUUCGGGGGUCAUCACGAAUGGUGAAUCUCCCACCAAGCGCAAGAAGCAAGACAAAUCCGGGGACACAUCCUCAAUUUCUGAUGUAUCUCAGCUGGAGGAGAUCAACCACAAUGUGAAGCCGCACAAAAAGGCCCGGCUGGAGUCCGUGGGCGACUCCACCACCGACGAGUCCGUACUCAGCUGCGACCAGUGCGGUAAGUCUGUCGGCUCGCGCCAGCGUCUGGACUCGCACAUUAAGAAGAAGCACUUCUCACAGCUCAAGUGUCCAACGUGCCAGGAGGUCUUCACUAAACAGCUGCACUAUGUGAGCCACUUCUCCGAGUGCUUCACGGAUAAGGGUUUGCCCUGUGGCGUGGACAAGUGCGCCAAGGUCUUCACGGAGGCCAACUUCCUGAGCUCUCACCUGCGCAAGCGCCACCUAUGCGCCUAGGCGUCCUUUUUAAUUGUUUUUUCAAUACCAUCUUGACCAUUUUAGGCUAACUUUAGGUUAUCGAUUAGCUAAUGUAUCGUGGAGUACAUUUACUUGUUUUUGCUCGUAGGGUUUUACGUGAUCGGAAUGAAAUCAACAAAACGUAUAUGCAAUGUAUAACAAGGUUACAUCUUUAUAAAUGUUUGACUAUUGAAUAACUUUAGGACUCCUAGUUGUAAAAUGCCUAAGAAAUACGGCAGGAUGUCAAGCUAGAAUUUGUAAUUAAAUAGACCUCAGACGAAUAUGAUACAUUUGUACGUACUUACAAAGAGUAUGUAUAGAUUAAAUACAGUGUAAGAAAAUAUUUUGUACUGAAUAACUGAACUGUUAAUAAAAAUGCCCAAUGGCUACGGCACA